UCGAUUGGGCCGGGCGGUCUGAGACUUUGGCGGGCAGGGCAGGGCCCCCGCUGGCAGAGCUGGCUGGCGUUUGCAGGCCGGGCAGGCGCUGGCACCCAGCUCAGGGGCCGCGGUGGUAGGUGGGAGUCUCUGGCCGGUAAGGGACGCGCAGGAGGCAGUUUCUGGCCCCAGCCCCGCUCCGUGAUCGCCCACUCAGGCGCCCGGGCUUGGUGGGCCCGGCAGGGAAGGGCUGCCACCGGCGUGCGUUCUCGAGGCCUGGUGUGGCCGCGGGACCCAAGAGUGGCGGAAGGGCCCACCCUCCGCCAACCCUGAGACCGCCUGAGCGGGUCGCCUGCCUGCUGCCUGUGUGGCGGCGGCGCGCCCUUCCUUCUCUCACUCCCGGUUCGGCCCGAGCUCGGCUUGUGACCCCUCCGUCAACUUCCAGACUCCCAGUCAUAAGACACUUGGCUGGGCCAAGGCCUGCAGGGGAGAGCUCUGCCAUCAAGGAAGACAGCACAGGACAAGGACCCACCCAUGGACUCUUCCCUGGACAGCCCAACAGCACCAGUGGGGGUACUCUCCUAAGUCGCAGAAAGCCUGGGCACACCAUCCAUCCUUUGGGAAGAGUCAUGGUGUUAAGGAGGGGCAGGGGCUGUUCCCAGCAGUGGCCUGGCCUGGGAAGGGGGGAUGCUUGCACAGGCCCUCUGGGCAUGCUCAGAGCUGCCCUGCUGCUCAUCUGCCUGCCAUGGGGGGCCCAAGGGACAGCCAGUGCUAACCUCAGCACAGCUCUGGGCCACACUGUGCCACUGACAGGAGGCCGCUACUUGAGCAUUGGGGAUGGCUCUGUGAUGGAGUUUGAGUUUCCUGAGGAGAGUGAGGGCAUCAUCGUGAUCUCAAGCCAGUACCCAGGCCAGGCCAAUGGGACAGGGCCCGGCCCCACACUGAGGGUCACAUCCCUGGACACAGAGGUGCUGACCAUCAAGAAUGUGAGUGCCAUAAGCUGGGGCAGUGGGGGUGGCUUUGUGGUUAGCAUCCACUCAGGUCUGGCUGGGCUGGCCCCACUCCACAUCCAGCUCAUGGACCCCCAUGAGGCCCCGCCCAUGCUGAUUGAGGAGCGGAGAGAUUUCUGCAUCAAGGUAUCACCUGCUGAAGACACCCGUGCCACCCUCAGCACCAACCUGGCCCACUUCUCGGAGAACCCAAUACUCUACCUGCUCCUGCCUCUUAUGUUUGUUAACAAGUGUUCAUUUGGGUGCAAAGUGGAACUUGAGGUUUUGAAGGGGCUCGUGCAGAGCCCCCAGCCCAUGCUGCUGGGCCUCCUAGGCCAGUUUCUAGUCAUGCCCUUCUAUGCUUUCCUGAUGGCUAAGGUCUUCAUGCUGCCCAAGGCCUUGGCUCUGGGCCUCAUUAUCACCUGCUCAUCACCUGGUGGUGGGGGGAGCUACCUCUUCAGCCUCCUUCUUGGAGGGGAUGUCACCCUGGCCAUCUCCAUGACUUUCAUCUCAACAGUGGCUGCCACUGGUUUCCUGCCACUGUCUUCGGCCAUCUACAGCCGCCUGCUCAGCAUCCAUGAAACACUCCAUGUGCCCAUCUCCAAGAUCCUGGGGACUCUGCUGUUCAUCGCCAUCCCCAUAGCAGCGGGCGUUGUGAUCAAGUCCAAGCUCCCCAAGUUCUCCCAGCUGCUGCUGCAGGUCAUCAAGCCCUUCAGCUUUGUGCUCCUCCUGGGCGGCCUCUUCCUGGCCUACCGCAUGGGGGUCUUCAUCUUGGCAGGUGUCAGGCUACCCAUCGUACUGGUGGGCCUCACAGUGCCCUUAGUUGGCCUCUUGGUGGGCCACUGCCUGGCCACGUGCCUGAAACUGCCAGUGGCCCAGCGGCGAACAGUAAGCAUCGAAGUAGGGGUGCAAAACAGUCUGCUGGCCUUGGCCAUGCUGCAGCUGUCCCUCCGCCGCCUUCAAGCUGACUAUGCCUCCCAGGCCCCCUUCAUUGUGGCACUGAGCGGCACCUCAGAGAUGCUGGCCUUGGUCAUUGGCCACUUCAUCUAUAGUAGCCUGUUCCCAGUUCCUUGAGGCCUCUGGGUCAAGCUUUCAUCAUCCUCCAGCCCUCACACUCCACCCACUGUCCCCACAGUUCUUGUGUACCAAAGGCCUUUAGUUCUCAUGCACUAUGCACUCAGAAAAAUCCAGGCUUAUUUUUUUUACUGAUUUUUUAUUCUCCAGCUUUCAAUGCCAAAGAGGCCAUGCUGAUUUAGGUAGGUGGGCACUGCCCAGAAAAUAUAUUUCAAUAAAAGAAGGAAGCAGCAA